GCCGCCGCCGCGCCAGACGUGCCCCGCGAGUUUGCAGAGCCGGGGUGCUGGUCCCGCGCUGCCGCAGACAUGCUCCGUUUAUCUACAGUACUCCGUCAGAUAAGACCAGUUUCCAGAGCCCUCGCCCCCCAUCUAACACGAGCCUAUGCAAAAGAUGUGAAGUUCGGAGCAGACGCGAGAGCGCUGAUGCUACAAGGAGUAGAUCUUUUAGCAGAUGCUGUAGCUGUCACCAUGGGGCCAAAGGGAAGAACAGUUAUUAUUGAACAAAGCUGGGGAAGUCCCAAAGUGACAAAAGAUGGCGUGACAGUAGCAAAGGCAAUUGACUUGAAAGACAAAUACAAAAACAUUGGAGCCAAGUUAGUUCAAGACGUUGCCAACAAUACCAACGAAGAAGCAGGAGAUGGUACCACUACUGCAACAGUCCUUGCACGUGCUAUUGCCAAGGAAGGCUUUGAGAAGAUCAGCAAAGGAGCCAAUCCAGUAGAAAUCAGGAGGGGGGUGAUGCUGGCAGUGGAUGCCAUCAUAGCUGAACUGAAGAAGCUGUCAAAGCCUGUUACAACUCCAGAAGAAAUUGCACAGGUUGCCACAAUAUCAGCAAAUGGAGAUCAGGAAAUUGGCAAUAUAAUCUCUGAUGCAAUGAAAAAGGUUGGACGAAAGGGUGUGAUCACUGUCAAGGAUGGAAAAACUCUAAAUGAUGAACUGGAAAUCAUUGAGGGUAUGAAAUUUGACAGAGGCUACAUCUCUCCAUAUUUUAUUAACACAACUAAAGGACAGAAAUGUGAAUUCCAGGACGCUUAUGUUUUAAUUAGUGAAAAGAAAAUUUCUAGUGUACAGUCCAUAGUUCCAGCUCUUGAAAUUGCCAAUGCCAACCGCAAACCUUUGGUCAUCAUUGCUGAAGAUGUUGAUGGAGAAGCUCUCAGCACUCUUGUCUUGAACAGACUGAAGGUUGGCCUUCAGGUUGUUGCUGUGAAAGCUCCAGGUUUUGGUGACAACAGGAAAAACCAACUUAAGGACAUGGCAAUUGCUACUGGUGGUGCUGUGUUUGGAGAAGAGGGUUUGAACCUAAAUGUGGAAGAUAUUCAGCCUCAUGACUUCGGUAAAGUUGGAGAGGUCAUUGUGACAAAAGAUGACACCAUGCUCCUUAAGGGGAAGGGUGAAAAGGCUCAGAUUGAAAAACGCAUUCAAGAAAUAAUCGAACAGCUAGAGGUUACCACCAGUGAAUAUGAAAAAGAGAAACUGAAUGAGCGAUUGGCCAAACUCUCUGACGGAGUAGCAGUAUUGAAGGUGGGCGGCACGAGCGACGUUGAGGUGAACGAGAAGAAGGACAGGGUGACCGACGCCCUGAACGCCACGCGCGCGGCCGUGGAGGAGGGCAUCGUCCCGGGCGGUGGCUGCGCGCUGCUGCGCUGCAUCCCGGCCUUGGAUGCCUUGACUCCAGCCAACGAGGAUCAGAAAAUUGGCAUUGAAAUAAUCAAGAGAACACUGAGAAUCCCAGCAAUGACUAUUGCAAAGAAUGCUGGUGUUGAAGGAUCAUUGAUAGUUGAAAAAAUCCUGCAGAGCCCAUCAGAAGUUGGCUACGAUGCAAUGCUUGGGGAUUUUGUAAAUAUGGUAGAAAAAGGAAUCAUAGACCCAACAAAGGUUGUGAGAACUGCCCUGAUGGACGCCGCGGGUGUUGCCUCUCUCCUAUCGACAGCAGAGGCAGUGGUGACUGAAGUUCCUAAAGAAGAAAAGGAGCCGGCAAUGGGAGGAAUGGGUGGGAUGGGCGGAGGAAUGGGAGGUGGCAUGUUCUAAUUCCUGGGGUAGGGAUGCAUCAUGAGCUGUGCUGUUGAAGACUGACAGUUCUGACUUAAAAAACUUGAGCUAUCAGUGUGAGAGGAUGGAUAGUGACUGAAGUGAGGCUGGUGUUGAAAAGAAUCACUGUAACCAUCAGUUACCGGAUUUCAUUUAACACACGUGUAAUUGUUUACAGUCAUUGUCCAUGCCUACAGAUAAUUUAUUUUGUAUUUUUUGAAUAAAGACAUUUGUACAUUCCUGAUAA